GGUGAAUGUGUUGCCUUACAGGAAGUAAAAUAAACAGAACAGUGUUGAGAAAGCUCCAACAGGUAUUGGCAACAUGCUUCUGCUCUUCUCUGGCUUGUGCCUGUGCUCAAUUGUCAGUUGCCAAAGGUAUACGUCUGUGCCUGGCUCUCCCUAUAACAUCAGCACGGAUAACAAGGGGGUCCUAAAGGCGGUGCUUCACGGGGCCUAUUCAUUUAACAACCAGACCAAUGAUGCUUUUCUCUUCAAGCCAUCUGCAAUUGAGAAAGCAGAAAGACAGCUUGUGAAGGGGUUCAAAUACAUUCUGGAAGUAGACCUCUCACGGACUGUGUGCCUCAAAAAGGGGCACAAAGAAGCAGACCUGGCCAACUGCAAGUUCCAACCAGAUGGUUUGUUACAGCAGACAUUCCACUGUGACUUUGAGGUUUGGACUAUGCCUUGGCUCCGCUUCAUGAAGACUACCUAUUUUGUUUGCAGUCCAUCUGACCGACCUUCCACUUCUUCAUGAAACCCAAUCCUUCCUCAUUUCAAUAUUCUGAGAAAAUUACUAAACUGGUUAGGUGCCUUUCGGUUGUUGAAGCUGUGUAAAUUAGACUUGAAAGGCCUGAAAAUCAUAUUGCUACUCAAGACAUGGAAAUUGCCAUUGUUUGACUAUACAUUAAAGGAGUAGUUCACUAUUUUACAAAUUGAUGUUAGAUGGUUCCUCACCCUGAAAAUAGUAUACAGGCCAAGAGAAACUGUAAUCCAUGGUUCAGUUUUCUUUAAACAGCCACUACAAACUUCAGCUAAGUUUAUCCACUACAAGAUAACAAUCAAUGGAAGUGAUGGGGUCAUGUGAGCAUGUUUUUUUGUUUGUUGAACUGGCCAAAUCACCUUUAAGUAACAUCAGAACAAAUAUGGAGUUGAUUUGAAUUUGGACAUUUAAAAAAUCUUCCAUCACUUCCAUUGAUUGUUAGCUUGGGGUUGGUUAAGGUUAGCUGAAGUUUGUAGUGGCUGUUUAAAGAAAACGGAACCAUGGAUUACAGUUUCUCUUGUCCCAUAGACUACUUUCAGGGUGAGGAACUGAUCUAAAAUAACCUAACCCUUGCAUGUCCUACAUAGGUACGGAUACCCCCAAGGGACAUCCUACUACAGGAACCAUCUAACAUCAAGUUGUAAAAUAGUGAACUACUCCUUUAAUGUAUAGUCAAACAAUGGCAAUUUCCAUGUCUUGAGUAGCAAUGUGAUUUUCAGGCCUUUCAAGUCUAACUUACACAGCUACAACAACCGAAAGGCAUCUAACCUUGUAUUUUAUCCUAUAAUAAAAUGGUAGACUGCUUUGACCCUUGCAAUUUAUAUACUGAAUUAUAAAUAAUCACAUGUUGGCCUGAGUUAGGGUCUGCACAGACUCUAAUCAACAAGCUCUGAUAAAAUGUAAAAAAAAAACUUAUUAACAAGGAUUUGACAACCAAGCACGAUUAUAUAAGCCCAUGUAAACAUAAACCUUCUACAGUGUCCAUCUGAAGGCUUGCUCCACCGGGCUGGUUUAACAGCUAGGGUUAUCAUUCUUCCUCAGCACUCAGUGACCUGAACCCUGACCUUGUGUCUAAUAGUCUGUGAUACACCUUAAUUAUUCAAAGGAUCUUAUGAAACCAGUGCAGCAGCAUCUGAUCUUGAGGAGCGAGUAGAGAGCAGAAGAGGCUGACAACUGUAGCAGCUGGCGGCUCUUGGGGUCGGCACUCUCCUCUCAGAGCUCCCAGCACCCUCUUUGAUGCAGCGCUCCGAGCACCCUCUUUUAAUGAGCUUCACUGGCUCGGAGGCAGGGGCAGGUUUCGAUCUGCUCUCAUGUAGAUGUCUCCUGUACUAUACAUUGCUGAGGCGUACACCAACACUCGUUUCUCUCAUUUAAGACAUGUAGUCGGUCAGUAACAGGCUAAUAUUUUAUGGCAGUAGUAUGUAAACACUGGUAAGUGGCUAAACAAAUUGUAGAAAUGUGGCACCAUGUUUUUCAUAUUAGACAAAAGCCCGUUUUAAAACAUUACUGUUUUAAUUCAAAGGAAACUCAGCUGAAGGCCAGCAGCAUUCAACAUCGAGCAAAACAUUUACAUUACGUAAGGUAGUUGACAGUGCAAUAUACAAAAGCAGAUGAAAUGUAUCACAACAAGGGGAAAUGAUUCAUACUUAUUUUGGAAUCUUUUUGCAUCACCUUUAUUAUGAUGAACAAGAUCUUGGAUUUCUAAAUACACACAAAAUAAAUCAGUUCAAAGUGGCACUCUUAAAAUAAUACUCGGUGUGUAUUUCAACUGAUAAAAUUAACUCUUUGAAAUUCUCCAAGUACAAUAAUAACAUUGUCAGUUAUAUUUAAGGGUGAGAUGAGAGCUUUAUUGCAAAAAUGAAAUUAAAAGUUGAGAUACUGAAUGGUUUAAACAAACAAAACAAAAAUAAGAACAAAUUUGGCACAUUUCAACAACCUAAAACACAGACCUGAAAGACAAUGUACUUACAUGGGGAUUUUUGGGCAAACUAUUUGGCCCAAAGACUGUUUGGUUAAAUAAAAAACAUUCCUUGAGAAACUACUGAGAUGCACUGUCAACAGAAAUUAAAGGGUUAAUAGUUAAUUGUAGGCUGAUAAGACUAGAAACGAUGGAUAUGCAUCCCAGUCAAAUGCGCCUUAAUAGUGCAGAUACUUAAUGAAGA